AUGACAUCCAACCGAGCUCGACAUAGCACUUCAGAUCUAGGCGAACAUCGUCGGAGAUUUGAACGACCCCGUUUCAAUUCUCAGAUUACUUCCGACAGGUUAGCAGAGGCGACGAGAUUUAUGGCGUAUCCCAGACCCAGUAAGAUUAGGAAAGGGAGGAAGUCUGUGUUCCGCGAGAUCGGACUAGACGAUGACGACGGGAUAGCCCGAGUCCUUUCGAACAGCAGUCGACCGAGCUUCGGGGAGGAGAAAGAACCAGAUUUGGAUCAAACUACGAGGCGGGCGUCGGAGCCAGGGCCUGAAUCAGGGCCUGACCGCAAGGAUUCCGUUGGAGGGGAGUCAACGCGGGAGAAGUCUCGAUGGCUAUCCAGAUUAUUACCCGAGAAAAGACCAAAGAUCAGAUCAGCUGCAACGGCACCCCCCGCUUCUAUAUCCGGGAUCCAGAGAAUUACCUUGAUCGCAUUACUAAUUGCAGUCGUCCUUCCUGCCAUUGGCUAUAAAAAUGGUUGUCAUACGGUCGAAGUGAACGGUGCUGACGCGGCUGUGAUACGGGAACCGAUUGUUAAAUCUGCGCUAGAAGAGCGUGCAGAUAGCCCAACGAAUGUAUGCAAGAGGUGGGCUGGACAAAGCGCCAUCUUGAAUGGUACGUUGUACUAUUAUGGUGGUCGAGUGACAACGGAUCCCGACCAGACUGACAAUGAAUGGACCAAUGACUUCAUUACGAUUGACCUAACAAAAUCUUGGGACAUUGGCUCUCCCUCCAUCAACGGGAUGGCUCAACCCUCCGGCCCGCCAGCCGUGUCCCUCGGAUAUCUGUGGAACGACUAUGACCAUCUAUUCUUGUAUGGCGGACAGUUCGAUUUCCCGUCAGCCGAGCCACUCCCCAUAUCGACAUGGAUGUACGACAUAAAAUCGUCUACCUGGACAGAGUUCAAAAACCCAGAAACGUCAGCCGGCCAAUUCUCUGACGCAGGGGGCGCACCCGUUCAGCGCGCUGCCGAAGGAGCUGGCGUGUCAGUCCCCGAACUGGGAUUGAGCUGGUAUUUCGGCGGCCACCUUGAUUGGGCCACAACGCCUGGAUGGUCUAACCAGAUAGCCCGUGUGUAUCUGAAAAGUCUGCUCGAGUUCACGCACCCCGGCUACGGAAAUGUGCAAGUCAACUCGCUCAGAAGCGCUGGUGCACCAGAAGGCGGUGCGUACCGCAAUAUCACGUGGGCUGGAGAGCAGAACCAAGACGGAUUCGCAGAACGUGCGGACGGUGUCCUCGUGUACGUUCCUGGUUGGGGUCCAGGGGGAAUCUUACUUGGUCUCGGUGGUGGUGUUGUCGGCGAUAAUGACACCACGGAUGCCUUCUCGUCUAUGAGUACCAUUGACGUUUACGAUAUUGCGAGCAGUCAAUGGUACCAUCAGGAGACAUCAGGCGCUGAAAUCCCCGAGGUGCGGGUGAACCCUUGUGCCGUUGUUUUCUCAGCGCCUGAUGCGAGUUCGUUCAACAUUUACAUGUACGGAGGACAGAACUUGUUACCGGUGGGAGAACAGAAGCAGUAUACCGAUGUAUGGAUCUUGACGGUCCCUUCAUUUACUUGGAUCAAGGUCGAUUCACCAGACAAUGAACCACCUGCUCGUGCAGGACAUGCAUGCGCAGCCCGGGACGGACAGAUUGUUGUUGUUGGCGGUUACAUUGGGGAUGACCAGAAGUGUGAACAGCCUGGCAUAUACGCCUUCGAUGCCUCGAAACUCUCUUGGCAAUCCUCUUUCAACGCCGCCGAUCAUCCAAAUGAUGAGAAUGCAGACAACACCGUGCUUGCAGGCAGUUAUGGAUACCAGGUUCCAGAGCCCGUGCAGUCCGUAAUUGGCGGGUCAUCGGACGGCGGUGCAACAGCUACGCAGCCUGCUUCUGGCCCCGCGACAGACGGUCCAUUCAAGACGGGCGUGCCUCCCGUUUUCACUGUGACAGGAUCGGGAUCCACAGCAACCGUGACGAACCCUAGCGAUCCGGACUCACCAGGCAGAAGUAACGCCCCUCGCAGCGGAACAAUAGCAGCGGGCGUUAUUGCAGGUCUAGCAGGUCUUCUAGCGUUCUACCUGGGCUUCUGCGCCUGGUUGUAUCGCCGCCAAGUCCGCGCUUACAAGAAACACAUGGCCAUCGCCAAUAGGUAUGGCGAAGACGACUUCGAGUAUGGCGGCAUAGCAGGCGCUACAGCAGCCGGAAGCGAGAAGCUGCGUAAGAAAGAGAACAAUAACGCCCGUCCAUCAGGCAGUGGAGGCGGCACCGGCGAUGAAGAGAGGGAACACUUCUCGUGGGUCGGACAGUUGCACGAGCCGAAAUUCACGAGUAGUGACGAGCCCAGCCCUGGAUCUGGAUCUGGGCGCGGGAGUCUUGCGCAGUCUCAUUCUAACGAGGAUAGAAAUCCGUGGGGGUUCGGCUACGACAAUUACCCCAGCACCGCUAGGGCAAGUGCGGUAGAAGGGGGCGUUAAUAGGUCGAAGAGCACUGCGACUUGGAGUACGAGAAGCGGUAACUCGGCAGAGGCACUUCUUGACGGGAGGGAACCUAAUUUCUUUAGUGUUGUGCUUGGGCCAAGGCGGGCAUUGCGGGUUGUGAAUGGAAUGGAGGACCCCUGAUCCAACGACAGUGACUUCAUAUUGUACAUGUAUCAAAACUUAUCUCAUCUGUAACGAUAUCACGAAGUAUAGCAAUUCAUGACUGUAUACACUCUGUAGAGAGUAUGGCGUUGGAUGGAAGAAAGAUCUGAAAAGUACAAAUUACCAGACAAUAGCUCGUAAAAUAAAGUGAACAAA